AUGGGAAACCGGACGACAGAUUUGGUUGUUGUACAGGGCAACAUUAUUGCACAGCGUUAUGUUGUAGACGUGCUAAAUGCAUAUGCCUUACCAUCUAUUCGUCAGCAUGGUCCUGGUUUAACAUUGAUGCAUGACAAUGCCCGCCCUCAUGUAGAUAGGGUCACCACUCAAUUCUUGCAGCAAAACAAUGUCAACGUCAUGCCAUGGCCCGCGGUUUCCCCGGAUCUCAACCCCAUUGAGCACAUAUGGGAUCAGCUGGGCCGCAAAGCACGAGCUAACCAUCAGAUUGACAAUGUUCGCGAUCUUACACGGGCGUUACAACAGGAAUGGAGGAACGCACUUAUCAUGGAUCGUGCCCCGAAUCUUGAUACUCUACUGGAAAUGGAUAUUAUAAAUAGAUACAGAUUUGACAGAGCUGGAAUCAAUUAUUUAACACAGCUGAUCGGGGCUAACAUUUCACCUAAAGCAGCCAGAAAUAACGCCUUAUAUCCUGAACAAAAAAUCUUGAUUAAAUUACGAUAUUUAGCAACUGGCUUGAUACAGUUAAAUGAUGCGGACAUACAUGGCGUCAGUCAGCCAACAGUGUCACGUGUGUUGACUGAAGUUAUUAAUGCUCUGUCAUCACCUGCGUUGAUAAGGCAAUUUAUUAAGUUUCCAGGUAGUGUUGAAGAAUUCAGACAGAAUGCUGUGCAAAUGCAGGGGAUUGCAAGGUUUCCGAAAGUCAUUGGGGCCAUAGACGGAACCCAUAUUAACAUUGCCUCACCCAAUCAACAUGAAGAAAUUUAUGUAAACAGAAAAGGAAAACAUAGUAUAAAUGUUCAAGUUGUUUUUGACGGAUGGUACACUAUAAUUGAUGUUGUUGCACGCUGGCCUGGAUCCGUGCAUGACAGAAGAGUUUUACGAGAAAGCUCAUUAAACAACCUUUUUGAGAAUGGCCACAUGCCACACGGUUUCCAUCUGCUUUGGGACAGCGGCUAUCCAGCCAAAAGGUGGCUGCUUACCCCUUUCCUAGCUCCGCAAACCCAGGCCGAACAAGCCUAUAACAGGAGCCACAAAGUCACUCGAGCUUUGGUUGAGAGAGGGAUAGGUCAGUUGAAGAGGAGAUUUGGCAUUCUUCAUAGGGAAGCAAUCCUCCAGUUAAAGUGUGCAGGUGAAUUAUAA